GAUAGGUUGGUUUAUUCUAGCUAUUGUCAGUACUGCAAGAAACAAAAAAAUCCAAUAACAGCUAGCUAGCUAGAGUCGGUAAGAUAUAUAGAGCCUGGACUCUUUUAGCUAGAGGGAGAGAUGGUCGGACCAAUAAGACCUCAGUUUGUGCUGUUUGGUUCGUCCAUCGUCCAGUUCAGUUUCAGCAAUGGAGGUUGGGGCGCCAUCCUUGCUGACUUAUAUUCUCGUAAGGCAGAUAUACUUGUGCGUGGCUACGCUGGUUGGAAUUCAAGGAAUGGUCUGCAGGCUUUAGAGCAAGUGUUUCCAAAGGAUGCAAGUAUCCAGCCAUCGUUGGUGAUAGUCUAUUUUGGUGGUAAUGAUUCAAUGCUGCCGGAUCCACUAGGCUUAAGCCUUCACGUACCUCUUCCUGAAUAUGUAGAAAAUAUGAGGAAGAUUGCUACCCAUUUGAAGAGCCUUUCGCAGAAAACCCGCCUUAUCUUCCUGACUGCUCCUCCUGUCAACGAGGAACAAAUGCGGAAAGCAUUUAGUGGAAUCAUGCGGGAGAAUGGUCGAACAAACAAGCAGUUGCAAAUGUAUUCAGAUGCUUGUGUGGAGCUGUGCAGAGAGAUGGAUAUCAAGGCAGUUGAUCUCUUUACUUCAAUGCAGAAAAGAAAUGACUGGUCAACUGUAUGCUUUACGGAUGGAAUCCAUUUUUCAUCCGAGGGGAGCAAGAUCGUGGUGGAGGAGAUACUGAAGGUCCUUGAAGAAGCAGACUGGGAACCCAGCCUGCAAUGGAACUCAUUGCCAACUGAGUUUGAAGAGUUUGCACCUUAUACCACCGCUCGGGUUUGAUGGUGAAAAAACAAGUCUGAAUAUCUCGGCCUUUGUUGGACUCAUGCAAAGAGGAUUAAGAUUAAAACCAUACUAGCAUUACCAAAGCUUUUUGUAUGAUAGUAACACUGUAACCACCUUUCUUCCAUCAAACUCAUAAUUGAAAAAUCAAUAAAAAUAGUCAGUCCUUUGCUCUCCAAAACAAAAUCUGUAACUUACUAUUAUAAAGCAUACAUGUCUGUCUACAAGUACAUGAAACAAGUGACUGUUACGAGCAUUUGUUCUCAAUGGUUAUAUUACAUCAAGGGUAGGUCUA